GGCGAGGCUUUAAAUGCAGUCCUCGGAGCCCGCGCCGAGGCCCUGAAUUCCCCGGGCGCGAGCGGGAGCGGAAAGCAUCCUUUGAGACAGCUGAAAGGGAAAGCUGUCGUGAAGUUUCCCUUCCACUGCACGGGCCUCUCCCCGCCACCAACUCCGCUCUUCCCAAGUUAAAAGGAAGCAAAAGUUAUUGUACCCACUCAAUAAAUAGUGUUACCCUUCCGCCAGGAAAACCUCUUGCUUCCCAAUUUUAGAGCUUAGAAAACCCGAGGCCUCGCUUUGAUUGAGAAUCAAAGUCGGGGGGGAGGGGAAGGUGCUGCAAUUGUAUCCUGGUUUAAAAUCCCGUACCUCAUCCUUCGUGGGACACUAUGUCUACCAGCAGUUGUACUUUCAAGGACCGAUGCGUGUCCAUCCUGUGUUGCAAAUUCUGUAAACAAGUGCUCAGCUCUAGGGGAAUGAAUGCUGUGUUGCUGGCUGAUACUGACAUAGACCUUUUCUCUACAGACAUCCCUCCUACCAAUGCAGUGGACUUCAUUGGAAGAUGUUAUUUCACUGAAAUCUGUAAAUGUAAACUGAAGGACAUUGCAUGUUUAAAAUGUGGAAACAUUGUAGGCUAUCAUGUGAUUGUCCCAUGUGGUCCCUGUCUUCUUUCCUGCAACAAUGGACACUUCUGGAUGUUUCACAGCCAGGCAGUUUAUGGUAUUAACAGACUAGACUCCACUGGUGUAAACUUCCUACUUUGGGGAAACUUGCCAGAGACAGAAGAGAGUACAGAUGAAGAUAUGUUAGAUAUUUCAGCAGAAGAGUGUAUUCGAUGAAUAAAAUUAUGAUGAAUAUGUAUUUUUAUACAUUUUUGUUAAAAAUAUGUUAGUGGGUCAAUUUUAACAUUGCCAGAGGAGAUUUGCCAGUAACUUUUAAUUGGAAAAAAUGGAGAAUUUGUUGAUGUAUUUGUUUACAAUCUCAUAUUAACUAACUCAGUUUAAUUUAAGCCAAUAAAGCUGUUCUUUGCUUCUGCCUCUUCUUACA